UCCGACUCCGGCGUUGCCUAGCCCGGCUUCGUUCCGCGACGCUCCCCCAAGCUCCCCCCCUCCCCCACGACCCCCACCCCACCCACGAACUCACGAGGAGGGAAAUGCUCCCCUAAAAAUCCCCCAAUUGGAGCGAAGCACCGCCUUGAUCCCUUCCUCCCAGCCAAGCCUGCGGCCGGAUCUGAGCUCCGCCGCGCCGCGCGCCCUCGUAGCGAUGGAUCCGCGCGCGAGGUACCCUCCCGGCAUCGGCAACGGCCGGGGCGGGAACCCUAACUACUACGGCCGUGGCCCACCGCCAUCGCAGCAUCAGCAGCACCAGCACCAGCACCAGCAGCCGCCGCACCCGCACCACCACCAGUACGUGCAGCGGCAGCCGCAGCCGCAGCAAACGCCGCACAACAGCCAGCAUCAGCAGUGGCUUCGGCGGAACCAGAUCGCCGCCGAGGCCGCGGGCGCCAGCGAGCAGAAGGCGCCGCCUGUCGCGGACGGCAUAGAUUCGAGUUCACAAGACUGGAAGGCCCAACUGAAGCUCCCACCGCAAGAUACACGCUACAGGACAGAGGAUGUUACUGCUACCAAGGGAAAUGAAUUUGAAGACUAUUUUCUGAAGCGAGAACUCCUUAUGGGGAUAUAUGAGAAAGGAUUUGAAAGACCUUCUCCUAUACAAGAAGAAAGUAUUCCUAUUGCAUUAACUGGCAGUGAUAUUCUUGCAAGAGCAAAAAAUGGAACUGGCAAGACUGCUGCAUUUUGUAUACCCGCGCUGGAAAAGAUUGAUCAAGACAAAAAUGCUAUUCAAGUUGUUAUAUUGGUUCCCACAAGGGAAUUGGCUCUACAAACAUCACAAGUUUGCAAGGAGCUUGGGAAACAUUUGAAGAUUCAAGUGAUGGUCACUACUGGAGGAACCAGCCUAAAGGAUGAUAUUGUCCGUCUUUAUCAACCUGUUCAUUUACUUGUUGGAACUCCUGGUCGCAUUUUAGACCUUACAAAGAAAGGUGUCUGCGUCCUGAAGAACUGUUCAAUGCUUGUUAUGGAUGAGGCAGACAAGCUUCUUUCUCCUGAGUUCCAACCGUCUAUUCAGGAAUUGAUUCGGUAUCUUCCAUCGAAUCGGCAAAUUUUGAUGUUCUCUGCAACAUUCCCUGUGACUGUCAAGGAGUUCAAGGACAAAUAUCUCCCUAAACCCUAUGUCAUUAACCUUAUGGAUGAACUUACAUUGAAGGGAAUUACACAGUUUUAUGCUUUUGUUGAAGAGAGGCAGAAAGUCCACUGUCUUAAUACUCUUUUUUCCAAGCUGCAAAUUAAUCAAUCGAUAAUAUUCUGUAACUCGGUAAAUCGUGUUGAACUAUUGGCAAAGAAGAUCACAGAGCUUGGUUAUUCUUGCUUCUAUAUCCAUGCUAAAAUGUUGCAAGACCAUCGGAACAGGGUUUUCCAUGAUUUUCGCAAUGGUGCAUGCAGGAACUUGGUUUGUACAGAUCUUUUUACAAGGGGAAUAGAUAUCCAAGCUGUUAAUGUUGUUAUCAAUUUUGAUUUCCCCAAGAGCGCAGAAACAUAUCUCCAUAGGGUUGGUAGAUCUGGCAGAUUCGGCCACCUUGGUUUGGCUGUGAAUUUGAUCACCUAUGAGGACCGUUUUAACUUGUAUCGCAUUGAACAAGAGCUUGGAACCGAGAUAAAACCAAUACCACCUCAGAUAGACCGAGCAAUAUAUUGCCAAUAGUUAUCUGACAGAACGAUCUUGUAUGCCAAUCUCUGGAAGUAAUAAGAUAACCUGUGUAAAUAUCAGCUCAUCAGGUGUCAUUUCAUGAUCUCACAUGGUGUAUCUUAAUCAAAGUUGUGUAGGGGCACUCAGUAGCAAGUGACUUUGUAACAAGCUCAUCUAAAUGCUGUGGCUUAGCCGUGAAGCUCUUGAUCAGACAAUAUUGAAUGUUGCUGAUAAGGUCUGACCCCAGGUUGUUUGCCCUAAUCUCUUAUGACCUGUUGUCAUCCGACAUUGUAUCAGCUAGCUUGUUUUACAGGACUUUUUAACCCUGGUACCUUCUUCUGUCUGUGUUGUGGCCUCGCUGCACACGGAUGGUUUAUUCCACCUGAGCGAUGCUGUCACCGUGUGUCGGUAGUGAAUCAGCAUCAUGGUCUCAAUGUUUCAUGGAUACUUUCAGCAUUUCACUUUCCAGUAUUUUGUACUAUUUUCAUGCGUUUUGAUUGAAUGAUCAUUUUGUAAUGUAUUGUUUGACUGGGUUGGUGUACUAGGAGUAUUUGUGGAUCGGAGAUGUUAUGUUCUCUUCUCACUGUUGGCUUUUA